AUGUUGCAAAUGGUAGAGAGCAGGAUGAAAGCGCUUGGUAGGUUGGGUCGCCUUGCCGCCGCCAUGAAUAUACCGGCUCGAGAUCGACUUGGAGGCAAAGGAGGGCACCCCAUUUGGACGGACUGCGUUCAGCAAACAGAGGAGGAGUGGGACUGUGAGCUUUGUCCGGAGGACCGAGGAAGACAACUGGGAAAGGCAGCACUGUGGGUUCAAGGAGGAGCUAUGUAUGCCACUGGUGCAGCGAGUGUCACCUUUCUGAGGAAGUUGAAGAGAGAUCGGGGACAAAGUGUGCCAGACACCACUUCUGAGAGGACUGAGAUCAACAAGCGAGUGGAUGGAAGUGAUCGACAAGUGGAGGUUGGUCAAUGGAGCGGAAGCGUUGAGGCGCUCAAUACCUCGGUCUUCAUUGGUGGAGGCAGUCUUACAGGACUCAAGCUAAGAUUUUGA